AUGAAGUUUUACUCGUUCAUUUUCUUGCGAUUCCUGUGCUCUGUUGUUUGCACACAUACCGAGGUGUAUUCUCUGAGCUUUGAUGGAGUGACUUUGUUGUCGCUCCAGGAGCACUGGGAUUCGGUGCCUCCUUCCAUAAGCACAAGCUGGAAUCAUUCUGAUUCCACUCCUUGCUCAUGGGUAGGAAUCGGAUGUGACAAGAAUUCCCACAAUGUUUUAUCCUUAAAUCUCUCUGGUUAUGGAAUCUCUGGUCAAAUUGGACCUGAAAUUGGCCACUUGAAGCGUUUGCAGACUCUUGAUUUGAGCUCAAACAGCUUCUUUGGCUCGCUUCCCCAGGAGUUGAGCAACUGUAGUCUUCUUGAGAGCCUCACUCUGGACUACAACACACUAUCGGGAGAGAUACCAGAAACCUUGCAGAAUUUAAGGAUUUUAAGCUUGUUUAGCAAUUCUCUGUCUGGUGAAAUUCCCAACUCCUUGUUUCAAAUUCCAAGCUUAGAACAAGUGUAUCUGAGCCUCAACAACUUGAAUGGUUCCAUUCCUUUAAGUAUUGGGAACAUGAGCAAUGUUGUGAUGUUGUAUCUACAUGGUAACAAGUUUUCCGGGUCAAUUCCUUGGUCAAUAGGAAACUGUAGUAAAUUAGAGGAACUUAUUCUUAGUGAUAACCAAUUGAUGGGAGUUUUACCCUCGAGCUUGAGCAACCUCGAGAACCUUACUUAUUUACAGGUAGUCAACAAUCACCUUGUCGGUAGAAUUCCUUGGGAACUGGGUAAUUGUAAGAGCCUAGUUGGUCUUGAUUUGUCACUAAAUAGUUUUAAUGGAGGCCUUCCUCCAAGUUUGGGCAACUGUAGCAGUUUAUCAGGGAUUUCUGCUGUCCGGAGUAACUUAACGGGCAAUAUCCCAUCUUCUUUUGGCCAACUGGAUAAGCUAGAAUUUCUAUACCUUGCGGAGAACAAUUUCAGUGGUAAAAUACCUGCUGAACUUGGAAGCUGUAAAGCCUUGAAAGAACUACAGUUGUAUGCAAACCAACUUGGAGGGAAAAUUCCCAGUGAGUUGCGUUUUCUGUCUGAGUUGCAAGACCUUGAACUGUUUGACAACCGUUUAGCCGGCGAAAUACCGCUUAGUAUAUGGAAGAUUCCCAGUCUCGAGCAGGUCCUUGUGAAUAAUAACUGUCUUUCUAGUGAGCUACCCUUGGAGCUGAAGCAACUGAAAAAUGUUUCACUAUUUAACAAUCAAUUCUCUGGUGUCAUGCCUCCAAAUCUGGGGAUUAACAGCAGCUUAGAGGAGUUAGACCUCACGGCAAAUAAGUUCAGCGGUGAAAUCCCUCUAAAUCUUUGCUUCAGAAAGCAAUUGAGGGUGCUGAAUUUGGGUUUUAAUCGAUUUGAAGGUAGCAUACCUUCACAAGUGGGAAGCUGUUCGACUCUAUGGAGACUGAUCCUCAAGCAGAACAAACUCACAGGGGUUCUUCCAGAGUUUGGAAAGAAUCCAAACCUUUCAUUCAUGGACAUCAGCAUGAACAGCAUCGGUGGGGCAAUUCCACCGAGCUUGGGAAAUUGUAUUAACCUUACGUCCAUUAAUCUGUCCACGAACAAGUUUACAGGAUUGAUUCCUUCAGAGCUAGGGAAUCUUGCUCAUCUUGAGACUCUGAUUCUUUCUUACAACAACUUGGUGGGUUCUUUGCCAUCGCAGCUUGCAAAUUGCACACGCUUAGGUGUGUUUGAUGCCGGAUACAAUUCAUUGAAUGGUUCUAUUCCGUCAAGUUUAAAGAGCUGGACCGGUUUAUCCACAUUGAUUUUGAGUGAAAACCAUUUUACUGGCGGUAUUCCAACGUUCUUGUCUCAGUUUGAAAAGCUCAGGUUAGAACUUGGUGGAAAUCUUCUGGGAGGAGAGAUUCCUGCAACUAUUGGAUCAUUUGAAAAUCCAUUUUAUUUGAUGAAUCUCAGCAAUAACAGGUUGACUGGGAAGAUUCCAGUAGAGAUAGGAGAGAUCAAGCUCGAGCGAUUGGAUAUAUCUCAUAACAGCUUGACAGGAAGUUUAAGCCCUCUUGAGGACAUACUCUCAUUGUUGGAAGUCAAUAUCUCAUACAAUGAUUUCACGGGUGCUGUACCAGAAAAAUUGCUGAAGCUGCUGCGUUCUUCUCCAACAUCAUUUUGGGGGAAUUCUGGUUUAUGUGUCAAUUGCCUUGCAUCAAAUGGCUCUACUUGCAGCGGAAACGACAUUUUACAGCCUUGUGCCCGUCCAUCAAGCAGAGGGAAUGGCUUAAGCAGAGUACAAAUUGUAAUGAUUGUCCUUGGAUCCAUUGUUGUUCUUGUUAUUAUUUCCGGGCUGCUUUGUAUGCUUUCCUUAUCCAGAAGAUCAAAGCAGAAAAUAAAGAUCUCAGCACCAGAAGGGCCAUCUUCCUUACUCAGCAAAGUGAUGGAAGCUACAGAAAAUCUGAACGAUCGGUAUGUAAUAGGGAGAGGUGCCCAUGGUACUGUUUAUAAAGCUUCCCUUGGUCCAGAUGAAAUUUUUGCUGUAAAGAAGCUUGUGAAUGUGGGAACUAAUGGGGCAAGUCUCAGUAUGAUAAGGGAAAUUGAAACUCUAGGGAAGAUCAGGCACCGGAAUCUGGUCAAGCUGGAAGACUUCUGGUUAAGAAAGGACUAUGGUUUAAUCUUGUAUCAGUACAUGCAAAAUGGCAGCCUGCAUGAUGUUUUACACGAAAUGAAUCCACCACCGACGCUGGAGUGGAGUGUUCGCUAUAAUAUAGCUAUUGGAACUGCACAUGGACUGGCCUAUCUCCAUUUUGACUGUGAUCCUGCUAUAGUACAUCGAGACAUCAAACCGAAGAACAUACUCUUGGAUUCUGAGAUGGAGCCGCAUAUUGCUGAUUUUGGAAUCGCGAAACUUUUGGAUCAGUCUUCCUCUUCAACACUGUCUAUCUCCGUUCUUGGAACCAUUGGAUACAUUGCACCAGAGAUUGCGUUUACAACAAUGAGGGGUAAGGAAUCUGAUGUUUACAGUUACGGGGUUGUUUUGCUUGAGCUAAUAACCAGAAAGAUGGCAGUUGAUCCAAGAUUUACCGAGGAUGCUGAUAUUGUGGGGUGGGUUAGAUCUUUGUGGAGCAAUGCAGCAAAUAUCAACGAGAUUCUUGAUCCAGACCUUGAAGGCGAAUUGUUGGAUUCGACAAUUAAGGAACAAGUAGUUGAUGUUCUUCUUGUGGCCUUGAGAUGUACUGAAAAUGAUCCGAGCAAAAGACCCACGAUGAGAGAUGUUGUCAAACAACUAUUAGAUGCUUGCCCUCGCCCCCACACAAAGCUUAUAAGGCGAGCUUGACGGCAAGAACCACCCGUAGUCGUAGAGUAAGGAUGAAACUUGGCCCUAGCAAUCCGACAGUGCCUCAUGAAUAUGUAACUCUCCCAAGCUCAAAGAGAACUUUG